CCGCCCGGCUGCCCGUCGGCGCUGCCCCGCUGCAGGCGCCGCGUGCCGGGCCCCGUGACGGUUGGGCUCGAGCCGCGGCCGUUGCGGGGCCGUCCCGUCCCGCCCCGCCCCGCUCCCAUCCCCGCGAGCCUGGGAGGGGCGGUGCCGGCAGCGGGGCGGGGAGCUCGCGCCCUCAGGGCCUGCCGGUUGCCAGGACCACUGGGGCGAGCGGGGUGUCCUUCAGUGCGCAGCCUCCCCCAGCCCGCCGUGUUCCUUCGAGAUUGUAACGGGAGGAGAAAAAGCUGUUAUCAAGAACACAAAGCCGUGAUCUCCCUGCAGUUUCCCAAGUUUCUCUCCUACCAGCUUUUGACAUGAUUGAGCACUUGGCAGAGGAUGUGCAAGCCAGGCUGCGCUCUGGAGUGACGGUCACCUCACUGGGCCAGUGUGUUGAGGAGCUUGUCCUCAACAGCAUCGAUGCCAAAGCAACGUGUGUAGCUGUUAGGGUGGAUUUGGAAGCUUUUAAGAUCCAGGUGGUGGACAAUGGCUCUGGCAUGGGGAGAGAGGACUUAAGUAAAAUGGGAAAGCGGUACUUCACUAGUAAGUGCAGCUCAGUGGCAGACUUAGAGAAUCUGACAUUCUACGGCUUUAGAGGGGAGGCUCUGGCAAGCAUAGCAAACAUGGCCAGUGUUGUGGAAGUUUCAUCUAAGACCGCCAAGACAGCAAAAACUUUUGUGAAACUGUUUCACAAUGGGCAUGCGCUGGAAGUCUGUGAAGCUGAAUUGAACAGACCAAGUGGUGGAACGACAGUGACCGUGUGUAAUCUGUUCCAUCAGUUACCAGUGAGGAGAAGGUGUAUGGAUCCUGUGCUGGAAUUUGAGAGAGUGAGACAGAAAGUAGAGGCUAUCUCGUUGAUGCAUCCCUCUGUUUCUCUUUCUUUAAGAAAUGAUGUUUCGUGUUCUAUGGUGCUUCAGCUCCCGAAGACAAGAGAUGUUUACUCUCGUUUUUGUCAAAUAUAUGGACUGGGCAGAUCUCAGAAGUUAAGAGAAAUAAAGCAUAAGUCUGGGGGAUUUGAGAUAAGUGGCUAUAUCAGUUCUGAAGGACAUUACAAUAAGAAUAUGCAGUUUUUGUAUGUGAAUAGAAGGCUUGUUUUAAAGACAAGACUACAUAAACUAAUUGAUUUUUUAUUAAGAAAAGAAAGUGUCAUUUGCAAGGCAAAAAGUGUCCCUGUGAGCAGACAGGCUUCCUCAAGUCCUGGUCGCCUUCGUUGUGGCCCAGAGUUGUACGGGAUCUUUGUUCUCAAUGUGACCUGUGCGUACAGUGACUAUGAUGUGUCUCUGGAACCAGCAAAAACUCUGAUCGAGUUCCAGAACUGGGAUGUUCUUCUAGCUUGUGUAGAGGAAGGAGUGAAAAUGUUUUUGAAACGAGAACAUUUAUUUGUUGAACCUUGUUGUGAGGACAUCAAAGAGUUUAAUGAGGAUAAUAAUUUUUGUUUGUAUAAUGCUCCAGUUAUGAAGCCCACACUCCCUGAUGAUAAGAGCAUCCAAGAAAACUUUAAGAAAGCGUGCGAUGAAAUUAUAGAUUCCUAUGAAGUGUGUAAAUUGCAAUCAAAAGAUGUCAAAAGAAAAUCCAUAUUGGGAAAAAAAUCUUCAGAUCCUACAGAGUCAAAUAAAAAUACACAGGCAACUGAAAUUUCCUCAAAUCAGAAGAUUGCUGAACCCGCCGGUCAAUGUAGAAACAAAAAAGCAGAGAUUCCACUGCCCAAGAAAGAUGACACCACUUCUAAUUUCAUUAUGUCUGAUAUGUCAGAACAGGAGCCAAAAGACACAAACAGUUCCCAAAAAGCGUGUGAUACUCAUCUCAAAUCUUCAGAAAAUCUCCAUUCGUCUUUCACUGAAGGGGCCAGAUCAGAAACAAUAAAAAUAGACAGUUGUGGUGACUUGCGGCAUUGUGCUGAGAAUUGUGCAAAAGAUGUAGGAAACCAACAAGACAAAGUUGUGCAGAAAAGCAGUAUGGUCUGUAUCUCAAAUAAUGGUUUUGCUCAGUGGCCGUCUGAGAGAGAAGACCCUACUGAAACAGCAGGGGAAUCUGAAACUGUCUAUGGAAGUUCAUUGAUAAGACUACAUAAUGCAAGAGAAGGAGACAGGGAAACAACUGAAGAGAUAGAUAAUGUUGGAAGAGGGCCUCUUAGUUCAGUACCAAAAAUAGUGCAUUCUCGCUUAGGCCUCAUAACAUGUGUGAUGCAAAAUGAGCCACCUCGUGAACAAACAGAAACAAAUCUUGCAUUAAACAUGCACUGUAGAGCUGGCCCUGUCAGUGCCAAGCACACCUUCAGACACAAAGUGAGUUUGCCAUUUCAGUCUUUAAAUGCUAAGGAUAUUUCUAGUAAUGUGAAUAAAGAAUAUAUACCUCUCUGCAGCAGAGAAAUAGGCACAGCUGAUGGAAAUGAGCAGUUGGAGAAUAAAAGUUUGCCAAGUCAAGCGCGUGAUGGGAGAGACGUGUCCACUGCCACCAGUAAAAGGCAUAAUGAAACGUCAAAUGUUACAGACUUGCCGCUGGCAACAUCUUCAGGUAUUCCUCACAGUAAAGCUAAAAAAAGCCCUAGAAGACAAAUAGCUGAUCCGAGAUCACAGCCUUGCAAGAAGCUGAGCCUAUCCACGCAGCUGGGUUCAUUAGAAAAGUUCAGGAGAUAUUACGGGAGAGUCAACUGUACACUACCAACACCACUACCAGAGCAGAGUGAAUUUUGUCUCCCAGUUUUUAGUGCACAAGCUAAUUGUGACUUUUCAAGGAAUCGCAGUGACAAUCAUGGGCGCUUGAACAUUUGUGAGACUCCAACUUUGGAUUCUAAUAAUAACAGCCAUGUUUUGAAACCUUUGGAUGAGGCUUUACUCUGCAGUGGAGAAACUUCACUGGACAAACGAGCCCUUUGUCACAGUCCUUUGACGUUGUCUGAUUACUCAGAGGUUAGUAAAAAAACCAUAAGUAGUGGAAGAUCUCCGGGAUCCCUAUCAUCUAAACUGUGCCGAAUGAAAAGUGAUCACAAAGAAGUAAAACAACUGGGUGAACAAUUCCAAACAGAUUCAAGUAGAAAAGAUAACCGCUCUUUUGAUCUUGAAUCUUCAAAUAAUGAUUUUUUGUAUAACCCUUGUCAAAUGUAUAAAUCCUCAGUGGAAGAAAUGAGGGAAGGUUGCAGCAUUUCUAAGGGGGAUGCUUGCUCACAGUCAGAUGACUUAAGAGCAGAAUCCAUGAAAUGUACUGUCAGCCUACCACCACUCAGCAGCACUGAAAGAGAGUACACAGUCUCUGCAAGCAGUGUUUUACCAUUUCCAGCAAAAAAAGACGGUAUUAACAUCGUUUGUGAAGAUGAAAGUAUGUUAGAUGAAUCACCAAAACAAAAUGUGAAAGAUCCUGAGCUUCACUGCAUGACCUUCCCAAGUAACUUGGCAUUCUCUGCAGACAGUGCAAGUACAGGUGAUCCCAGAGAUGAUUUGCGUAGUUCGGACUGGCUGCAAGAUUUUGAUGCUUUGUCGGGGAAGACAAUCUACAUCAAUAAAGUAACGGGACUGAGCACCUACAACACUCCUCCUGAAGAGUUUCCAGCUGCCUGCAUUAAAGAUUUAACAACAAUGGCUGUGAAUGUUGUCUCAGAGAAUGGGUUUCAGUGCAGGUGCCAUCCCUUUAGAAGUGAGAUUGUGCUACCCUUCCUUCCUAGACAUCGAAAAGAGAAGACUCUAGCAAGCCAGGAUCAGAGAGGUGGUGAAGGCGAGUCUCUGCAGUCGAUGCUUUCAGAAUGGGAUAAUCCUGUUUUUGUUCGCUGCCCAGAGAUAGCUGUUGAUGUGACCAGCGGUCAGGCUGAGAAUCUUGCUGUGAAAAUUCAUAAUAUUUUGUAUCCGUAUCGUUUUACCAAAGACAUGGUUCACUCAAUGCAGGUUCUUCAGCAAGUGGACAAUAAAUUUAUUGCUUGUGUAAUCAACACUAGGAAUGAAAUGGAUAAAAAGGAAGGUGGAAACCUCUUGGUUUUGGUGGACCAACAUGCAGCUCAUGAACGGAUCCGCUUGGAGCAGCUUAUUGCAGAUUCCUAUGAGAAGGAAGCUACAGCAUGCGGCAAGAAGAAAUUACUGUCUUCCUCCAUCUCUCCCCCUUUAGAGAUUGAAGUUACUGAAGAACAAAGAAGAAUUCUACGGUGCUGCUACAAAAAUUUGAAGGAUCUGGGCCUUGAAUUAUCAUUUCCUGAGACCAACAGCUCCUUGAUUCUAGUCGAGAAAGUGCCACUGUGUUUUAUAGAAAGAGAGGCCAAUGAAUUACGACGGAAAAGACAGCCUGUCACUAAAAGCAUUGUGGAGGAGUUUAUUCAAGAACAAGUUGAGCUAGUGCAGACCACAGGAGGAGCACGAGGGACACUGCCUCUGACAUUUCUGAAGGUGUUAGCUUCCCAAGCCUGUCACGGAGCUAUUAAGUUUAAUGACAGUUUGACUUCAGAGGAGAGCUGUCAGCUCAUUGAAGCUUUGUCAUCUUGCCAGCUGCCCUUCCAAUGUGCUCAUGGAAGACCUUCCAUGAUGCCCCUUGCAGACACUGACCAUCUACAGCCGGAAAUGCAGCCUAAACCUAACUUGGCUAGACUGCGGAAAAUGGUGCGAGCAUGGCAACUGUUUGGAAACAAAGAUCCUAACCAAAAAAGGUGAAACUGCAAACUGCAGACUCCAUCAGUGUUGGCGUGAUCCAGGUUCUCUUGUUGUUAAACAACAUCUUGUUUGGAGCCAAGUUCCCAAGCCAGCCCAUAACCAACGUUUUGCCCUGAGAACUGACCUAAGAAGAAGAGACCAGCCAGGAGAACAUGGCAGAAGCCCACCCUUGGAGCUUGGAGAAGCAUCUUCAGCACUAAGGAACUGCUUUGUAAAUGUGAGUCAUACGUCAGUGCUCGACUACGGAUGGCAAGAAAUUUCAGCCAGUCACAGUUACUGCAAGCAGAAUGGCAGAAUUCUGUGCGAUACAGAGACUUUUAAUUAAUUUAUUUUGGAGUGCUUUGAAAUGGAGGAGGUAUUUAUUAAUAAAAUUAACUAAACGUUC